AUGUGUAAAGACAUCUUAAAUAAAAGAAAAAAACUUAAAACAUCUCUGUACCAUAAUUCUGUAAAGACAACUUUAUCAGCUAUAAAUGUCGCCGAGAAAGAUGGAUUCGGCAUCGUUGAUUCCUUGGCAAAUUCGUAUCUUACUCUUCUAUCCACGAUUACUCGAUCCAUGUCAACCCCAAUCAUACUCCGUCAAAUCUCUAGGUGUAUCAUCAAACCGCAAUGCCUUCCAGAAGAAUCAAAGCAGAUUUAUCACUUAAACCCUUGGGAUAUCUCAAUGCUCUCCUCUCACUACGUGCAAGCUGGUCUUCUUUUCCCCAAACCUCCUGUUUCUAUCAACCAAGAAGACAACCACGAUGGCAUCUCCGCUAUUCUUGACCAGCUUAAGGAAUCACUUUCUCGCACCCUUGUUCACUUCAUUCCCCUUACCGGCCGUUUCAUCACACAGAAAAGCAACAACCCACAUUCUUACUCAAUUUCUGUAGACUGCAGAGACGCUCCAGGGGUGGUUGAAUUCAUCCACGCUGUAGCAGACCUGAAGAUAGCUGAUGUCCUCUCUCCAAUGGACGGGCCCCCUAUCGUCCAUUCCUUUUUUCCCCUCAACGGAGUUGUCAACAAUGAUGGCCACACCAUGCCUUUACUAGCUGUUCAAGUCACAGAGUUACUAGAUGGGAUUUUCAUGGGUUGUUCCUUUAACCACGCCAUUGGUGAUGGUGCUUCCUUCUGGCAUUUCGUUAAUACUUGGUCUGAACUCUGUAGAGAAGAAGUAAAAGAUAAGCGUAUCUCAUUCCCACCAAUACUUGAGCCACAAACCAUGGCAAGACUCAAAGCAAAGGCCAAUGCAGAGUGCAACACUACCAGCAUCUCCUCAUUGCAGGUAUUGCCUGCAUUGCUCUGGAGGGCUACGACAGAAGCGCGUCAGUUAAAUGUUAAUCAGACAACGAAUUGCACAUUUGUAAUCGAUAACAGGCCAAGAUUGAAUCCACCAUUAUCUCCAAACUACUUUGGAAAUGCAGUUCAGGUAGUGAGAGGGACAACAACAGUGGGAGAACUACUAAGCCAUGGUCUUGGGUGGACAGCAUUGAUAUUGCAUCAAGCUGUGGCCAGCCACACAGACAGCGUGGUGCGCGAGCAGAUGGAAGCAAAUAUGGUAUCCCCCUUCAUUUUCUAUCUGAGUGAGUUAUUCGAUCCAUUUGGUGUGACGAUUGCCAGCUCGCCAAGAUUUGACAUGUAUGGGAAUGAUUUUGGGUGGGGAGAACCAAUAGCUGUGCGCUGUGGGCCUGCUAACAAGUUUGAUGGGAUGGUGUUUGCACACCCUGGGAAAGAGGGGGGUGGGAGCGUGGAUUUGGAGGUGUGCCUUCCGCCUGAGGAAAUGGGUGCCCUUGAGUCCAUUGAAGAGUUUAUGGAGGCAGUCUCUCCAUUGCCUUGA